CUGGAUUACAGGCCACUCAAACCGUAACGAGGAUCAGAUUUUCAUCACCUUUUCAGGCCCUUGCGCUUGUAAAAUUGUCACUUCCUGCCUCUGGGAGAAUUCGCUCUCGUGUCUCGUCAUCGCCAUGGUGAUGUCCCAAGGCACCUACACCUUCCUGGCCUGUUUUGCCGGCUUCUGGCUGGUUUGGGCCCUCGUCGUGAUGCUGUGCUGUUUCUGCAGCUUCCUCCAGCGCAGGCUGAAGCGUCACCGCGAGGACAGGCUGAGGGAGCAGUGUCUGCGAGCUGUAGAGAUGGAGUCGCUCAGCUGUCACUCUGCCGGUUACCCGCCUCCGCCGCCGCCCAGGGAGACGCCGCAGGUCUGCCCCCCUCAGACCAUGUCGAUGCUGCUUCCUCUGCAGGUUCCUCAUCCUCUGCCACAAGCUAACUGGGUCACCAUGCCAGACGUGGAUGUGUUCGGUAAACCUCCCUGUUAUGAGGAAGCUGUCCUGAUGGAAGAUCCUCCUCCGCCCUACAGUGAGGUCCUAGCCGACCCCCGGGGGGGCACCUACCUAAAGCCCACUGCCCUGCGUGUCGUACCGCCACCUGACAGAGAGUGUCAGGAUCCUGCUCCGGUGUUCUCCUCAGAGACCAGCAAGCCGCCGCCUGCCUCCGUGUUCCCUGAGCGGGGUUACUCCUCCCUCAUACGCCUGCCUUCCGCACAGCGUUGGGACUCUUUGGGUCAUCUCCUCUCCAACAUGGACCUGAACCACAACAACCUCUCCCCACCACAAACACGUGCACUCCAGGCUGCGUCCGCUGUGGCCACCAUGCCCCGACAACCGGCCAGAACUCAUUCAGACGACCUUGGACUCCAUGAGGGGAUACAGGGCAUCCACGGCGGGAUACAAGGCCUCCAGCAGGGUAUACACGGGCUACAAAGUGUGCACGGCAUUCGGGGACUGGAGCCCAGCUGUGGCAUGCCCACAGCCUUUCCCUUGCUGGGUCGCAGUACGGCAGUCUAGGUUUGGAUCCUUACGGGAGAAGCUUCCUGAAUCUGUGGAGUCCUCAGGAAGGACCAGCUCA